AAGGGACUCCUCAAAAGUGCCAACGCCCAUCUAUCUUGUGCCGGUUGAUCAGCAACUGGAAGUCCAGAUGUUCACACUGCACGACUGAAGCUAAAGUUCUGGCAAAAUCAACAGGACAUUUUGUGUAGAAGUUAAAAUCCAGAUUGACAUUGAGUUCAGGUUUGGCGGUUAAUGUUUUUGUGUCCACCCUUGACUGUAAAUGAGUCGGCCCUGUUCCACGCGUGACUCACCCGCCGUGACGUGGGUGAACUGAGGCCGGCACUACGGCACUGAUGACGGCCAAUCUUCUCGCUGUACUCCGGUCUAUCCUGCCAGCUCGGGCCGCUCUAUCGUUCCUCAAACGCAUAAACGUCCUCUAUCCAUCUCGCUUCGAUCCUCCGUUUUCUCACUCCACACUAUUUAAACCACGAUUUCUCUAGAAGUUUUUUGGUAUCACUUCUUUCUGUUGAAAAGGGAAUUACAGAGGAGUCAAAAUGCUGAAAUUUCUCGGAGUUGUCCUGGUGAUAUUGUGUGCGUUGGAGACCGGCGGGCAAAUAGCUCAGGCCCCACCGCGGUCCCCGCCAGCUCCCGAUAAAACGUGCUGUGGUGGGAUCUACAACGGAGCAGCCGGCGGGUCCCCUGUUCACAUGCCAACCAACUGCCAAGACAUCCGGGAACUCGGCGGUGGGCGUGACGGUAUAUACACCAUCUUCCCAGCAUUCUCUGACACGUGUAGGCCAGUCAGAGUCUACUGCGACCAGUCCAACCAAGGUGGCGGCUGGACGGUUAUUCAGCGGCGCCUGGACGGCCGUCUGGACUUCAACCGUGACUGGGCGUCGUACCGGGACGGCUUCGGUUACAACUCCGGUGAGCUGUGGCUGGGCAACGAGGUCAUUCACGCCAUCUCGGCCCAGGCCGCCUACGAGCUGCUGGUGAUCCUAGAGGACUGGCAGUUCACCCUCGUCGAGUCGCACUACCGCAACUUCUACUUGGGCAGCGAGGCUACCAACUACACACUGCGGGUGGCCGGCUUCACUGGGGGACCAGGAGGUGACGCUCUGUCCGCCCACAACGGCGCCCAGUUCUCGACCUACGACCGCGACAACGACCGCUGGGCCGGCAACUGCGCCGUGGAGUACACGGGAGCUUGGUGGUACUCGACCUGCCACAACUCCAACCUGAACGGCCAGUACCUGCGCGGCAUUGUGGGCGCCGGGCAGAACGCCAAGGGCGUAGUCUGGUUCACCUUCCACGGCUAUGGCUACUCGCUCAAGACGUCAAUCAUGAUGAUACGGCCGAAGUUUUGAGUGACUCUAUAUAUGCACUUUUUAUGUAUCAUACAUGCGUGUGGGCUUGAGACUAAUUCCGUUUCCGCGGUGGCCAUCUUCGCCUAGUCUCCUGACUCCACACGGCUACGGCUAUGGCUCCUCAUUCAAGACUUCCAUUAUGUUGAUGAUUAUUAUUUUUAAGGGGCUGGAAUUGAGACUGCUAAUUUUCUCGUAACGGCAGCCAUCUUUGUUUACAUUCCUUACUCCCCAAAUGGCUGAUUAAAUUUUACCACAGCCUACUUUAGGCCAAAAAAAGUCUUCGGUUUCUGGUAUGGAGCUCGCCCUAAAAGUGGUGCGGCAACGCGGCUUUUUU